AUGAGGUCGGUCCUCGUGCCUCUGAACGAGGCGGCUCGUCGCAAUCUCAACACCCACCACCCAUUGCACAUCGAUGCAAGGACUAGAGACUCAGGAACGGAUGCAACCAGUCAUGCCGUGACACAACUUGAGAGAUCGCAACAGCGACUCGGCCGCAACAUCCAACGACGCCAGCUCGCUCUCGCUCAGCAGCGUCUGCAGGAUAUGAGGUUGAACGCUCCGCUUGAUGACACUGAUACCAGAGCCAAGGCGGAAGUGGACCACCUGAAGCAGCAUCUUAAUUCCAUCAACACUGAGGCGAGCCACGCCAUUCGGGAUGACGACCAGAGGGUCCAGAGCAAGAUGGAGGCGGCCAUGGAAAACUUGAAAAUCGAUUGCGGUCGUCGGAUACCAGCGUCACUUCGAAGCAUCAAGAGGCGGCACCGAGAUCGACUCAAGUUGGAGUUGAACCAACGACAGCAUAACACAGGCAACGUCUCAGUGACUGCUGAGAAGGUGCUUCAGGAGGACGGCACGGCGUACUAUUCGAAUGCUGGCCUGCGGCUUGGCCAGAAAGAUCUGCCACAGCCGUGA